AUGGACAACUUUGCCAGCGAGACUGACAGCGACUACACCAGUUAUUGGCGGGAUUGGUUCGUCUCAUCUCGCGGUAAUGAGUACUAUUGCGAGAUCGACGAAGACUACCUGACCGAUCGCUUCAACCUCACUGGUCUUAACACGGAAGUUCAAUACUACCAAUACGCGCUUGAUCUGGUGACCGAUGUCUUUGACAUGGAGGUCGACGACGACAUGCGUGAGCAGAUUGAGAAGAGCGCCAGACACCUCUACGGACUUGUGCAUGCACGCUACAUCGUGACGACUAGAGGUCUCGCAAAGAUGCUCGACAAGUACAAGUCCGGUACGUUCGGUAAGUGUCCUCGCGUCAUCUGCGACCAACAACAUCUUCUGCCCAUGGGUCUACAUGACGUCCCGGGCACCUCAACCGUGAAACUCUACUGCGCCAAAUGCGAGGAUAUCUACAACCCCAAAUCAUCUCGUCACAACGCCAUCGAUGGAGCAUACUUUGGCACUUCUUUCCACAACAUCCUCUUCCAGGUCUACCCAGCAAUGCUUCCGCCCAAGACUCAGAGACGCUAUGAACCCCGUAUCUAUGGUUUCAGGGUUCAUGCCGCAGCUGCGUUGAUGAGAUGGCAGGAAGAGAAGAGGGAGGAGAUGAAGGACAGACUCAGGAAGGGAGGUCUGGAGACCGGCUUCGAAGAGGAAGACGAAGAAUUGGAGGAGGACAGUGACGAGGGUGAUGAGAGCAAGGAUGGCAUCGAUGACAUGUUUGAGGCUCCUGCUGCUACCGUCCAGUAG